AGAGAGGGAGAGAGAGAGAGAGAAAGAGAGAGGGAGAGAGAGAGAGCCCCCCCCCCCCCAACGGCCUACCCGCCCCGCCUGGAGCCACGCCCUUCACUGCAACCAACCACUGCUCACGUAGAGCCUGGAAGGCAGGGGAGCCACGGCCGGGAUUUCAUGGCAACAGCACCCUAGGGCUGCCAUGGCAGCUGCUGCCGCGGAUGCCCCACGCCAUAUUACCACACUGACGCCGGAGGACGAGGAAGGAAGAGCCGCUGCCAAGCUGUACGGAGGCACUACCCUGCCACGGACAGAGAGAGAGAGAGAACGAGAGAGGGAAGAGCGAGCCAGUGGAAACGAGUGUUUGGUGUGUGGGACUUGGUUUGGUUCCCAGGAUAAACUUCGGCUUCACUCUUUCUGUCACACGGGAGAGAAACCAUUCCACUGCUCCCAGCCACACUGUCCUAAGGCCUUCAGCUCCAAAUAUAAACUGUUCAGGCAUAUGGCCACACACUCUCCGCAGAAAACUCACCAGUGCUCGUUCUGCGAGAAAAUGUUUCACCGCAAAGAUCACCUGAAGAACCACCUGCAGACCCAUGACCCCAACAAAGAGGCCUUCAAGUGUGAGGAAUGUGGCAAGCACUACAACACCAAGCUGGGCUACAAGCGUCAUGUGGCCAUGCAUUCAGCCACGGCUGGGGACCUCACCUGUAAGGUGUGCCUGCAGAGCUACGAGAGUACCCCUGCCCUGAUGGAGCAUCUCAAGAGCCACUCGGGCAAGUCCUCCGGAGGUGCCAAGGAGAAGAAGCAUCCGUGUGACCACUGUGACCGCCGCUUCUACACACGGAAGGACGUGCGUCGCCACAUGGUGGUCCACACUGGCAGAAAGGACUUCCUGUGUCAGUACUGCGCCCAGCGCUUCGGCAGGAAGGACCACCUGACGCGGCAUGUGAAGAAGAGCCACUCUCAGGAGCUGCUGAAGAUAAAGACUGAGCCUCCGGACAUGCUAGGCCUGCUGGGCUCUGGCUCCUCCCCCUGCACUGUCAAAGAGGAGCUCAGCCCCAUGAUGUGCAGCAUGGGUUCCAACAAAGACCCCAUGCUGGCCAAGCCAUUCCCCAGUGGCACCUCCUUCCCCAUGGGCAUGUACAACCCCCACCACCUCCAGGCCAUGUCCAACCCUGGGGUGGGCCACCACCACUCUCUGAUGCCUGGCUCCUUGUCCACUGCCAUGGGGAUGGGCUGCCACAUGGAGCCCCCCAUCCACCACCCCCAUCACCCGCACCACCACCACCACCACCACUACCAUCACCACCACAUCCAACACUCCCCCCCGCUGCCCCACCUGCAGCAGCCCCAACAGCACCAGCAGCAACAGCACGCCCAGCCUCCACCCAAGUACCAGCUGGGAUCUACCUCAUACCUGCUGGACAAGCCCCUCAAAGUGGAGAUGGAGAGCUUUCUCAUGGAUCUGCAGAGUGGGCUGCCGGGCCACCACUCAGGCGAUCAUCAUCAUGCUGCUGCCUCGCCCCCCAAGGAGGGACUAGAGCACCCCUCAGGCCUGACAGACGAGCUGUGUGGUGACCCCCUCCUGUCCAAGAGCCCUGCUGUCAUCGCUGAGGCUCUGUGCGCUGCUAACAUGGACAUCUCUCACCUACUGGGCUUCCUGCCCCUCAACCUGCCCCCCAACCUGCCCCCCUACAACGCCUCCAUGAGCACAGCAGGGCUUGUCAUGAGCUACACCUCGUCUACCCCUGCCUCCUCCUCUUCCUCCUCUUCGUCAUCCUCAUCCUUGCAUGCUGCCGAGCCCCACACCGUUGCCACGGCUGCAGCCGCACCUCUUACCUCUUUGCAACCUCAACCUCAGGAGCAGCAUGGCUCCAGCGAGGGCCUGGGUCUAGGGCCCCUGCACCCUCUCCCGCCAGUGUUUAGCUCCAGCCUCAGCACGACCACCCUGCCUCGCUUUCACCAGGCCUUCCAAUGAGGGGCCACCAGGUCCCUACGCCUUCAUCCUCAGCUCACUGCCUGGGCGCCCAAGGUCCAUGGGGCCUGCUGGCCGCAAGGGCAGUGAUAAAAACACAUGAACACUUAGAAGCCUUAAUCGAAUCACACAAAAGCUUUUGAUUGAGCCCAGAGAAAACUGAACCCUUUAUUGAAACAAAAGGAAAAAGAUGAGACAUUUUAAAACAAACUUUCUUUCUAUCCUUUAGUUAUAACCUCUCCCACCAACCUAUCUCCCUGAUCCAUGAUCCCCUCUCCCACCAACCUAUCUCCCUGAUCCAUGAUAACCUCUACCACCAAUGUAUCUCCUUGAUCCAUGAUCCCCUCUCCCACCAACCUAUCUCCCUGAUCCAUGAUCCCCUCUCCCACCAACCUAUCUCCCUGAUCCAUGAUCCCCUCUCCCUUUAUUAUGUAGGUAGUAGGCAGUAGGCCUUCAGUAGGCCUUCAGUAGGCCUUCAGUAGGUCUUCAUUAGCCUUCAGUAGGCCUUCAGUAGGCCUUCAGUAGGCCUUCAGUAGGUCUUCAGUAGCCUUCAGUAGGUCUUCAUUAGGCCUUCAGUAGGCCUUCAGUAGGCCUUCAGUAGGUCUUCAGUAGCCUUCAGUAGGCCUUCAGUAGGCCUUCAGUAGGUCUUCAGUAGCCUUCAGUAGGCCUUCAGUAGGCCUUCAGUAGGCCUUCAGUAGGUCUUCAGUAGCCUUCAGUAGGCCUUCAGUAGGCCUUCAGUAGGUCUUCAGUAGCCUUCAGUAGGCCUUCAGUAGGCCUUCAUUAGGCCUUCAGUAGGCCUUCAGUAGGUCUUCAGUAGCCUUCAGUAGGCCUUCAGUAGGCCUUCAGUAGGCCUUCAGUAGACCUGAAGGUACCGCUACUUUAUAAAGUAAUAAUAUUAGGAAAAAUAAUCAAAGAUUAAUUUUAGAGAAGAUGUUUUGAAGUGGAUGAAAUAUAAUUUUCUUGCUUUUCCAAAUGUGACUGAACAUGCUAGAUUAUCUCUCCUAUGAGUUUAAAGGUCUGAACCACCUGCCCAGAAACACACCCUGUCUGUCAUCAUCACCGUCAGGGGGAAAACACACCCUGUCUGUCAUCAUCACCGUCAGGGGGAAAACACACCCUGUCUGUCAUCAUCACCGUCAGGGGGAAAAUAUACCCUGUCUGUCAUCAUCACCGUCAGGGGGAAAAUAUACCUUGUCUGUCAUCAUCACCGUCAGGGGGAAAACACACCCUGUCUGUCAUCAUCACCGUCAGGGGGAAAACACACCCUGUCUGUCAUCAUCACCGUCAGGGGGAAAAUAUACCUUGUCUGUCAUCAUCACCGUCAGGGCGAAAAUACACCUUGUCUGUCAUCAUCACCGUCAGGGGGAAAAUACACCCUGUCUGUCAUCAUCACCGUCAGGGGGAAAACACACCCUGUCUGUCAUCAUCACCGUCAGGGGGAAAACACACCCUGUCUGUCAUCAUCACCGUCAGGGGGAAAACACACCCUGUCUGUCAUCAUCACCGUCAGGGCGAAAACACACCCUGUUUGUUAUCAUCACCGUCAGGGGGAAAACACACCCUGUCUGUCAUCAUCACCGUCAGGGGGAAAACACACCCUGUCUGUCAUCAUCACCGUCAGGGCGAAAACACACCCUGUCUGUCAUCAUCACCGUCAGGGGGAAAACACACCCUGUCUGUCAUCAUCACCGUCAGGGGGAAAACACACCCUGUCUGUCAUCAUCACCGUCAGGGCGAAAAUACACCUUGUCUGUCAUCAUCACUGUCAGGGGGAAAAUACACCCUGUCUGUCAUCAUCACCGUCAGGGGGAAAACACACCCUGUCUGUCAUCAUCACCGUCAGGGCGAAAAUACACCCUGUCUGUCAUCAUCACCGUCAGGGGGAAAACACACCCUGUCUGUCAUCAUCACCGUCAGGGGGAAAACACACCCUGUCUGUCAUCAUCACCGUCAGGGGGAAAACACACCCUGUCUGUCAUCAUCACCGUCAGGGGGAAAACACACCCUGUCUGUCAUCAUCACCGUCAGGGGGAAGAUUAAUGAAGGAAUGAAGUGAUAAUGCCCCGCCAACAUUGCCCUCAUCCAAUAGGCCAACAUUGCCCUCCUCCAAUAGGCCAACAUUGCCCUCAUCCAAUAGGCCAACAUUGCCCUCCUCCAAUAGGCCAACAUUGCCCUCAUCCAAUAGGCCAACAUUGCCCUCAUCCAAUAGGCCAACAUUGCCCUCAUCCAAUAGGCCAACAUUGCCCUCCUCCAAUAGGCCAACAUUGCCCUCCUCCAAUAGGCCUACAUUGCCCUCCUCCAAUAGGCCAACAUUGCCCUCAUCCAAUAGGCUACAACCACACUAAAAAUAUCUCAGAGAAAGACUCGAACAACUGAUUAAUGUUAUGACUCAUAGAGGCAGAUCAUUUGUCCAGAAAGUAUGAUAACCAACGCUGCCAAACACAGCAACCAGUGGCGCCCACAUAUUUAAUGACAAAGAUAUGUGAAAACAUCUGAGUCGGUAGAAAACAUGCCAAGUCAUGCCGGUUUUAUCUGGUUUUUCUAGAGAAGCAUUUAUUUUAUUUUUUUUUGGCAGAAGGCUCUUCCCCUUUAAGAAUCCCUUUGGCUAGCUCUCAGUGAUGAUGACCCUAUAUGGGGAAGGCUCUUCACCUGUAAGAUUCUCUUUGGCUAGCUCUCAGUGAUGAUGACCCUAUAUGGGGAAGGCUCUUCACCUUUAAGAUUCUCUUUGGCUAGCUCUCAGUGAUGAUGACCCUAUAUGGGGAAGACUCUUCCCCUUUAAGAAUCCCUUUGGCUAGCUCUCAGUGAUGAUGACCCUAUAUGGGGAAAAAAAAAACAACUUGUAAAAGCUGCUCUUGAAAACAGGUCAAAUUACCAGUAUUUGACUCAUGAUGAUUUUCCUUCCUUCAACUGUCUUCCUUCCAGUAUUUGUUUUAAGAAGUCUCCAUGGUAACAAUAUGCCACACAUUACUGAUAUGUAUUUUUUUUUUGUUGUUGAAGAAAACAAAUAUAUUUUCUCUCUGUUAGAGAUGCAUGGUAAUAACCACCCUGACAUAUGUGAAUAGCAAACAAAAAUGACAACGACGACAUUGAGGAAAACGUGUAAGAGAAUGUUAUUGCAGUGUACAAAAUAUCUCAUCAAAAAUGAAUAUUAUUAUUGCUUUUAUCUCAGUAAGGUGUACAAAGUGAUGAUGUUUAAUGUCUGGCAGGUUUACAUUUGUGUGUAUCUGACAUUUUAUUGCUCAAAAAAAGGAUGAAUUAUUAGCUUUGCCCUUUAGCUUUUCUCCUCUGUAUUCAUUAUUGAUCUUGAUCUUUAACUUGAUAUUUGCCUUGAUCUUGAACUUUACCUUGAUCUUGAACUUUACCUUGAUCUUGAACUUUACCUUGAUCUUAACCUUUACCUACUUGAGUUAGUAGCAGAAACUUGGAUUGUGGAUUUUGACAAAUGUUUUAGUAGGCUGUUAGUGGAAUAAUACUGAAAUAACAGUCAACAUAGAUAACAUUGAUAGACUCUCCAGUUUCAAUUCAUUCUCUACUUUCUCAGUAUGAAACCCAACCUGACCCUAAGUAAACGAAGCGAUCCGA